AUGGGUUCCGGUGGGCGUGCAACCCAGAGAGAUAACUCCGGGAAUAAAGUUGUUAAACGAGCUCCAUCUUCAAAGCCACCUUUCACGCUUUCCGAUAUAAAAAAAUCUAUACCACCACACUGUUUCAAUCGAUCCCUACUCCGAUCUUCAUCUUACCUUUUGGUUGAUCUCUUUUUUUCCUUCUUCUUUUACUACGUUGCCUCCACCUACAUCAUCCACCUUCCAACCCCUCUUUCUUAUGUAGCGUGGGUCGUUUAUUGGAUCCUUCAAGGUUGUGUCCAAAUGGGUUUGUGGGUCAUUGGCCAUGAAUGUGGCCAUCAAGCGUUUAGUGACUACACAUGGUUAAAUGACACCAUCGGUUAUUUUCUACACACUAGUCUCCUUGCUCCUUAUUUCUCUUGGAAAUACAGUCAUCGUCGUCAUCAUUCUAACACUGCUUCACUUGAGCACGAUGAAUCUUUUGUCCCCAAAAAGAAAUCGAGCUUAAAUUCUUUUGCCAGACUGCUCAACACUCCACCUGGUCGUCUCUUUAGGCUCGUGAUUUUAUGCACUGUAGGCUGGCUCUUGUACGUUUGUUUCAAUGUUUCUGGACGAAAGUACGAGAAAUUUGCCAACCAUUUCGACCCAAAAAGUCCUAUUUACAGUGAUCGCGAGCGACUCCAAAUCCUCCUAACAGAUAUUGGACUUCUUGUAGUAAGUUUUGGCCUCUACAAAAUGGCCUUAGCACAAGGGUUGACAUGGUUAGUGUUGGUCUACUUUGCUCCUUUGGUUAUCGUGUAUGGAUUUCUCGUCGUCAUCACUUGGUUGCAUCACACUCACGCAUCACUUCCCCAUUACGACUCCACUGAGUGGAACUGGUUGAGAGGAGCUUUGUCAACCGUUGAUAGGGAUUACGGUGUUUUGAACACAGUUCUUCACCACAUCACGGAUACACAUGUCACCCACCAUAUGUUCAGUACUAUUCCUCAUUAUAAUGCCAUGGAGGCCACAAAUGCAAUCAAACCCAUCUUAGGGGAAUACUAUCAGUAUGACGACACCCCCAUAGUUAAAGCAAUGUGGAGAGAAGCUACGGAGUGUUUCUUUGUUGAGGCUGAUGAAGGUGACGACAACAGCAAAGGUGUCUAUUGGUUUAACAAUAAGAUGUAA